AUGGCGGUGGUGUGGGGGGUGAGAGAGGGCGGAGACGAGGGUGGUGUGGGGGGUGAGAGAGGGGCGGAGACGAGGGUGGUGUGGGGGGUGGAGAGAGGGGCGGAGACGAGGGUGGUGUGGGGGGUGAGAGAGGGGCGGAGACGAGGGUGGUGUGGGGGGGUGAGAGAGGGGCGGAGACGAGGGUGGUGUGGGGGGGUGAGAGAGGGGCGGAGACGAGGGUGGUGUGGGGGGGGCGGAGACGAGGGUGGUGUGGGGGUGAGAGAGGGGCGAGACGAGGGUGGUGUGGGGGGUGAGAGAGGGGCGGAGACGAGGGUGGUGUGGGGGGUGAGAGAGGGGCGGAGACGAGGGUGGUGUGGGGGGUGA